GGCCAUGAUUGAUCCUCAGCUCUCCAACAGUGCUCCACGGACCAUAUCAUCAUCAGAUGGCCCUGCUGAUAUCUCAGUAUGCCUACCUACUCCAGCUGCUGCCUCCAGCUUGAUCACUCCAAUAACAACGAAAGAAAUACAACCUCCUUCGAAACCAUCAACCACUCCUGAAGCACCACCAACGACCACCCCGAAUGGAUCAGCAACCACUCCCAACCUACUCGCGACGAGCCUGGAUGAGGCGGACGGGAAGACGCCCCACAUGUGGUCGACCAAUGAAAAGCGCAAGCUCCUUGAGCUCAUCGAAAUCAGAAUCUCGGCUGGACGGGCGACAGACACAAACGAUAAUCUGAAGAAGGAAGACUGGGCGCACGUACUCGACGGCCUCAAUGAGCACUUCAACCUCAAUCUCAGUUGCGACCAAAUCAAGAAUCAGAAGAAUGUCCUCCGAAGGCUUUACUUCGAUUACAAGUUUCUGUCCCAACAACCAGGCUUUGAUUGGGACAACGAGAAAUCGACAGUUAAAGCAGAUCCAAGCGCGUGGGAUCAGCUCAUCCAAUCUCAUCCCAGAAGGAACUUUGGUAAAUUGAAAAACAAGUCAUUUCCAGUAUUCGAAGUCGCCGCGCGAGUCUUUUCGGGAACCGACAAGAUUACCGAUCCCACCAACAAGCACAUUCUACCGAUGAACGGUAGCGAUCCUGGCACAGAUCUUGGUCCAUCGAAAAGUGUCAAGAAGAAUAAACAGAAGAGGAAACGAUCUACAUUCUCUUAUGGUUCGUGUGAGAAUAGCGAAGGUGAAAUUGAGAAGCCCGUCGAAUCUUCCACCGCACCAAGACCGAUCUCCAGCAACAAGCGAACAGAAGAAACGAAUGAGUCGGUGGUAACCGAAGGAAUAGAGGGAUUGAUAGGAGCCAUCAACAAUGCCAAUGCCUCUUUAGGACCUCUAAGACCCGGUUCGGCCUCUCUUGUUGAAGAAUCUGGGAGUGGACCAUCGAACGCGCAACAGACGAUUUGCGACAAGGCACUCCAAUCGCUUGCCACUCACUUCCUUAACGAGGUCGACGAUGAGAGAUAUAUCGAGUAUGUCUUGGUCCUCGAGGAUGAGAAGAAAUCCGCUACCUUCUUGUCCUUAAUCAACACAUCCAAGAAGAUUUCUCAUAUGUGGCUCGAUCGACAAGUGGUCUGUGGUCUUCAUUAGCUUGUCUUCUUGUUCAAAAUUUACUCCACACAAAAGCAAAGAACAAUCUUCAUCAUUCCCAAUCCCCUCUCCUAAACUGACUAUAUGCUUAUGUAACAAUUGGUAUCUAUCCGGCCAUCAGCUCUGAUUUUCUUUGAUCUUUGCAAUAUAUAGUCUCUCUUCUUA